UACAGAAAAGUUAAAGCCACAAUAGAAUAAAGCACAUUAACACUCAUGCAAGCUUCCUCUGCAUCUGUCUUAUUUCCUGUCCAUGGUCAGGAUGGGAGCUGUAAUCCAACACUCUCUCAAGGGCCAGAUGUUUCCCUGAUCUAAGAAAACCCCACCCCCGUUUGAUCGCUUUUGCCUCAAUUUCAUGUAUAUAGGGUCCGGGCUGCCUUGUUCCUUUCCUGCUUUUAUGCCAGGACCAGGAGCCACCCGGACUCUUAGGGGUUAAACUGAUAGAGAGAGGCGUUUCCUAGACGGGCUCUCUCCCCCACCCCCAAGGUGUGCUCAAUUCUUUUUCCUGUUUCUCCUUGGCCAGGUGGGAGAGACUCUUCUCUCUCCGUUCCGCUUACUUUUUAUCUCUUUUUUUGCUUUCUCAAAUUUUUGGCCAUUUUGGAUUGCAACAUCCGAGGGGCUGCAAGGGAUCCUGCAAGUGGAACAAUAGUAAUAAAAAAACGCCAGAAUAACAAUGGAAGACCAGAACUUGACAGGAUCCUUCCAAAAGAAGAGAUUGGAGGCAGGAGGGGAAGACCCCCAGGUUACCCCCAUUGGGGCCUUGAGAGAGUUUCAGGCAGGGGCGACCCUGCGACAAAUUAAGCCAGAGCCGGAGGAGCAGUGCUGGGAUGCCCAAUGGCAGCAGUUCCUGAAGACGAUGAAGAGCCCUCCGUCAGGCUGGAGAACUCCGCAGAUAUCCAAGUUCACACCAGAGGAGGAUUUGAAGGACUCCCAGGCCUCGGGGAAGGCCGUAGCCAUGGGCAACCAGUGGCCUACAAGGGAGUGUGUGGCCCAAGCCCUGCCAGGCCUCCCGGGAGAAGUCCAGGAGGCCCAUCAAACUCUGGACCUUUCCGUGAAAGUGAAGGAAGAGGUUCCGGAGAAGCAAGCUCUCAGCUUGGAGAUGCGCUGCCUACGCUUCCGCCAUUUUGGCUACCGGGAGGCCGAAAAGCCCUGGGAGGUCCUGAGGCAGCUCUGGGAGCUCUGCUGUCAGUGGCUGACACCUGAGAGGCACAGCAAGGAGCAGAUCCUGGAGCUGGUGACCCUGGAGCAGUUCCUGACCAUCCUGCCCCUGGAGAUGCAGUGCUGGGUCCGGGAACGCAACCCGGAGACUUGUGCCCAGGCUUUGGCCCUGGCAGACGAGUUCUUGCUGAGGCUGCAAGAGGCGGAGCAAGUGGGGGAAAAGCUCCCGGAGCCUUUUCAUAUAGUGACUGUUAAGUCCCCCAAAUCAGAGGAGGAUCCCUCAGAUGCUGUGGAGCUGCUUUUCCCUGCGGAGGUGGCCCGGGAGAAUGAGGAGCUUGCCAAGUUGCUGGGCAAUGCAGAAACAAAGGCGAAGGAGCGAAAUCUUCCGUUGCAAAGAUCGAAGCAAGCAGAAUUCAACUCAAUACCUUUGGGGAAAGCUAGAGAGGACGACUUGCUCCAUCAUGACAAUCGAGGCUGGCUUUUGACUCACCAGGGACUAGAAACAUUCCAGCAGUCAGUGCCUUGUGAGGAAGUGGACACCAUCGUAUGUAACAGCCCUGUGAAACAGGGACUCGCUGAGGGCGAAAGAAGAAAUAUGUGCAUGGACUGUGAAAAUCUGUGCCACAGCUUCAACUUUCCCAAGAGUCAGAGGAUGCAGAUGGGAGAGGACCCUGACCAUUGCAGUCUGUGUGGGAAAGCCUUGAGGAGCGGCCCCUCCCUCGAUGCGCGCAAGCGGGCUUUCCCGGGAGAGAAACCGUACCGGUGCUCUGAGUGCGGGAAGAGCUUUGGCUGGAAAUCGUCGCUCACUUCACACAAAAGGAUCCACACGGGGGAGAAGCCAUACAGGUGCUCCGAGUGCGGGAAGAGCUUUGGGAUCAGCUCCCAGCUGGUGAGGCACAAGAGAAUCCACACAGAUCAUUUGGUUGCAAUGCCGUCGCACAAGAAGAGGAAGAUAGAUUUGGAGUGCCGCAUUUUCAAUAAGAAAUGGACACAUGACUAUUUCUUUGUGGAGCUGAAAGGCAUGCCCGUGUGCCUCAUUUGUGGUGAGGCCCUUUCCAUCCUGAAGAAGGCCAACCUGCAGAGGCACUACAGGACGAAGCACAUCCAGUACGAGGAGUUCCAAGGGCAGCUGCGCGAGGAGAAGGUCAAGGCGCUGAAAAUGGACCUGCACGCCCAGCAAGGCAUCGCCCCAGAACCAAGGAAGGAAAUGGACAGCGUGGAGCAAGCCAGCUUCGUGAUUAUAGAAGAUGGUUCUGGAAUUGGUUGGCUCUGCCUAACACUUCCUCUUGCUCUGCCAACCAAUAGGCAUCAGUCCCCACUGCUUCUGUUUGGACCCCGCUCCCCACAAAAUAGAUUUUUCCAAUGGGUCACUGGCCUUUCAUUUAACAAAUAACGAAAGGUUCCCCACAGCAGAGUGUUUAAGUGUAGGCUGGUGCCAAAGGUAGAGGCAAAUGGUUGCAAUGUAUUAACCUAUAUUGCUUGGUUAUAUUCCUUUUUUUCUUCUGUGACGGACCUUUAAGAAAUCGAUCUGGUGGUGAGGCAGGGAUUGGGUGAUCUUUCCUCUUUGAGGCGCAGUUUGUUCCUUUGUACGUUCAAACAUGAAAAGUAAAAGUGGGCCAGCACGACAAAAUGGUUACAGAAUAUUUACCUGGCGAAAGGCUGUCAUCCUGUGGCCCCUUCAAAUGUUGUUAGAUUUCAACUCACGUCUUCCCUGGCCGUUGGCCAUCCUGGCUGGGACUCAUGGGAGCUGGAGUCCAAUGAUCUCUGAAGGACCACAGGUUUCCUUGCAUCUAGGUCCACAAAUGCCGGGGACAAUUCAAAUCCCUCCCCAGUCGUGAAGCUGAUUGGGUGACUUAAAGCUGGUCACCAUCUUUAUGUGAAACCUCCCUCACAGGGUUGCUGUGUGCGUGAAAGCAAUAUAUCUUGCAGCGGCCUUGAUGAGGGAAGUGUGCAACAGAAUGUACUUCCUAGGUAAAAAGACAGGAAAUAGUUCUGAAUCUGAUUG